AUGCGCGACUCUGCUGUAGUCUACUCUGCUUCCCUCAGUGCGCUCCAAAAUACUACAGUAGAUAUCGCCGUUUCCGCUACACCGUGCAAAUUUCGACUGAUAGAUUGCACUCGAUUCCUCGAUCACGAUACCCUCACGAUUCAUGAAUUCCCAUAUCUUCCCACUUACGAAUACGCGACCAUAUCCUAUGUCUGGAGAGGACUCGGAGUUGACCCAAACAACACCAGCGGUGCAAGCUACGGCACAUUCACUAUCAAAGGUGCUACGAAUGGUGAUCCGAUCAGUAUCGACGUCCUCAGACACGCGUGCGUCGCUGCGGUCCAGGGGAACGCGAAAUUUAUCUGGUUGGAUGGUCUCUGCAUCCUACAAAGCGAUGCCUACGACAAAGCCUGGCAAAUUCGCAGGAUGUAUCACAUCUACCGAUCUUCGGCACUAUGCAUAGUUCUCCCUGGUGGAAUGCGGCGGCUAGCGAGGGUAGAUGAAGAAACGACGUGGAUUCGGCGGUCGUGGACCCUCCAGGAGGUUCUAGCACCGAAAAUGGCGAGGGUCUUGUUCGCUUGGACAUAUGGCAAAAUCCUAUUCACAGCAACUGUUGACUCGCGAUUCAACUACGAAGAAGUCAUUCCAGGUCAAUCAGCUGCAUGUUCCCUUGAGGACGCUCUCUCGGCAAAUAGCGGAAGUUAUCUUGAGCUGGAGGCAGAACGUAAAUAUUUCGAGUGUUUCUCGAUAACGCUAUUCGGCCGAGAGAAGUCGUAUGUCAGCACACUUCUCGCUGUAUUGAAUGGUGGGGGGCUGGAGAAUGCGGGUAGCAUACAGGCCGCGUGGCAAUGCUCACUGAUACGCACAUGCACCUAUCCCGUCGAUGCUGUGUUCAGCAUCAUGGGUCUCUUUGGAGUACACCUCGAUCCACUCCAUUUCAAACCGGACGACAGGCGAGGGGCAACUAUCGCCCUCGCUGCAGAGAUAUUAAGAAAUGGAGGAAGGGCAGACUGGCUCGCUGCUGCCCUCGAUCUUCCUCCGGAGAGAGGGGUUUCAGCGCUUCCAGCGCUUCCUCGCAUUAAUCCGAUAGGGGACGCGACACUGGUCACUGAAAAAGGAGAGCGACCUGUAGCGGACAUCUUGCCAUGGGUUGGGUUGGGUUGGGUAGAUGGCAUUCCGUCAGGAAAAAUGGACGACAAGGGACGCUUCAUAUUUUCCAGCCCUGCAGCUCCUCUAACUCCGAUAGGCCGCCGAAAAUCUGGUCGCAUAGAAAACGAUAGAAAGACUAUGUAUGACGACACUGGGAAACUGCAGGUCAUCGCAACCAAUGGUACCAUCUGGAGGAUACACAUUGGUGCCGACAAAACUCACCGAAAAACUCGUCGGUCUUUCAUCGCCUUCAUUGGCACUCUCACACAUUAUACUUCUGCUGUUUUUGGCGACUUUUUCGAUCCUCAUCCGCAUAGAGCAAUUCUCGUCGAGGAACAUGAGGAUGGCAAGUUCCACAGAACAUCUUCGUUUAUCCUCGGCAUGGAAUUUGCACCCUAUAUUGAACGCUGCAAGUUGUAUGAGAUCUGCCUUGCAGGGCUAGCCUGA